AUGGAUUACAAACACGAUAUUAAUUCGGAUGAUGAUUUCGACUGCUCCAAUGGAUAUAGUGAAAGCUAUGGCAGCAACGGCCGUUCGGCCAAUCCAAACGGCAUGUCCAAAGCGGAGCUGAGAAAGACAAACAAACCCAUCAUGGAAAAACGUCGACGAGCUCGCAUUAAUCAUUGCCUCAACGAGCUCAAGUCCCUGAUACUGGAGGCAAUGAAGAAAGACCCGGCGCGUCACACGAAGCUCGAAAAGGCCGACAUACUUGAGAUGACGGUGAAGCAUUUGCAGUCUGUGCAACGCCAACAGCUGAACAUGGCCCUCCAGACCGAUCCGAGUGUGGUGCACAAGUUCAAGACGGGCUUUGUAGAAUGCGCCGAGGAGGUCAAUCGCUAUGUGAGCCAACUGGAUGGCAUCGAUGCGCAAGUGCGUCAGCGCUUGACCGCCCAUUUGAGUCAAUGUGCGAAUAGUUUGGAGCAAAUCGGUUCCAUGAGCAAUUUCAAUAAUGGCUAUCGUGGCCAAAUGCCCACAUUGUUUCCCAAUGCGACGGCCGCACCGCUCUUCGCUCAAUUGCCACAAGAUCUGAACAACAACAACAACAACACCAACAGCAACAAUUGCGGCAAUGGUCGUGAGAAUCUUGCAGCCACGCCGGCCAUACAAAUGGGUGGCCUGCAAUUGAUACCCUCGCGUCUGCCCUCGGGCGAGUUUGCGCUCAUCAUGCCCAAUAGUGCGGCCAGCACUGGGAAUGGAUUGCCGCCAACAAAUGCGAAUGCGCAUGCCCCCUUUGUCUGGCCGGGAGCAACGGCCGCCAGCAAUGUGGCCAGCGCCGCCUUGGCCAGCAUUGCCAAUCCAACGCAUCUGAGCGACUAUGCCCAAAGCUUUCGACUGAGCGCCUUCAGCAAGCCGGCAGCGGGCCUGGGAGCCACCAAUGGACAAACCCAGCUGAUGCAGCAGAAUACGAAGGCAACAAAUAGCCCGCCGCUGAGUCCUAUCUCAUCGAUUUCUAGUCAUGGAGAUGAGUCGCGUGCUGCCUCGCCGGCGGCACAGCAGCCGUUGGUGGGCUCUGCAGUUCACAGUUUUGCGGGCGUCUUCUCGACCCCGCCGCCCACCAGCGCUGAAACCUCGUUCAACUCCAGCGGCUCCCUAAACACCAGCAGUGGCUCGCACAACUCCAGUCUGGGUCUCUCCAUCUCGGGCACUGCGGUUCACUUGCAACAGCAGCAAGUUACCUCGACCAGUGGCCAUGAGAGCACCGGCAAACGGGAGCGCGAAGCGGAUGCCGAAACUCCAUUGGCGGUGGAGCAGCGGGAACAGGCAGAUUCUAGCGAUUGUUCGUUGGACGAACCAUCGGCAAAGAAAUUUUUGGCCGCCGCCGCAUUGGAGAAAUCAACAUCUGCCUGGCGUCCUUGGUGAACACCACAAUCCAUAAUACUUAAAGCCAUGUUUGCCAUCUCUAAAUAUUUCCACCUUCAACUCCUUUAAAAUGCCCCCAAAAGUUAAGUUUUUCGUCACGAGUUAAUUAUUUUUGUUAAUUUAUUUACGUCAACGUCAUUGAUCAUUAUGCGCUUUAGCCCCAUUAAGUUUUUCCUUUUCAUCUUUAUUCAAUCUGUUUUUAAG